GAAAAGAAUUUAUGGUCUAGUAAGUUAAGAGGCACUGAAGAUUUCUUUAGUGGUGCAUUAGCUGGAAUGAUUGGUAAAACUGGAAUAUUUCCACUUGAUUUGCUAAGACGACGAUUGCAACUUCAAGGUCCUAGUCGAUCAAAGUAUGUGAUUAGGAAUAUUCCUGCGUAUUCUAGCUCUAUAUAUUCUUCUAUACGGCAAAUAAUUGCCAAUGAUGGAUUUUUUGGACUUUACAAAGGGCUGACUCCCGCGUUGCUAAAAGCUGCACCAGUUAGUGCCACGACAUUUUUUGUCUAUGGACAGGCUAAAAAACUAUUAGAAAAGUUACAUGGGAUAUCUUAA